AUGUUUUUUCGUCAAGGAGGAAACGCAGUUGAUGCGUCAGUGGCUGCUGCUCUCUGUUUAGGAGUUGUGAGUCCAGCGUCUAGCGGUUUAGGCGGUGGAGCGUCUAUGGUUGUGAAGUUGGCGGAUGGAGAUGAGAUCGCUUAUGACUCUAGAGAAGUCGCCCUUCGCGCAGCCGAGAUCCUGAGCUUUUAUGGUGAAGCUACAGGACAGUGCAUCAACUAUCAGAAAUCGGCGAUUACUUUUGGACACUUAAUAUCUGAGGAGGUGAAAAGUGAGCUGCAGAAUAUUAUGGGGAUUUAUAAUGAGGGAGAGACUAGUAAAUACUUAGGACUCCCGGAAGCUUUCUCUGGCUCCAAGAUCAACACGCUAUCAUACCUCAAAGAUAAAACGCAAGGCAGACUUGAGACUUGGUUUCUGAGGAAGCUGUCACAAGGUGGGAAAGAGAUACUUUUAAAAACUACAGCCUCGGCUCUUCCGGUUUUCCCCAUGUCAUGUUUCCGAUUGCCAAAGACUGUGAUCAAGAGACUGGCAAGUAUGAUGGCCAAUUAUUGGUGGAACUCUCAUUCUCACAUGAAGAAGAUCCACUGGGUGGCCUGGGAUAAAAUGUGUCUUCCAAAAGAGCUUGGUGGAAUAGGGUUUAAAGAUCUUGAGAGCUUUAAUCAAGCACUAGAGCUCCUGCAGAAAGGACUGAAAUGGCAGAUUGGAAACGGCCGUAAUACAAGAGUGUGGUUGGAUAAGUGGGUGCAGGACCCGGAGGUUGGUAUGAGAGCUGCUUGGAUCAAAAAUAUUACAUUUGAUGUAAACCUUAAGGUAAGUGCUCUGAUUGAUGGCGCGACUCGCAGAUGGAACCUGCAGGCACUCGAGGAGAUCUUUGUUCCUGGAGAUGUUCAGUUGAUUUCGGCUUCUCAGCCGAUUGUCUCUAGAGAGGAUUCCUUUACUUGGAAGUUUAACAGAAAUGGGCUCAUGUCGGUUCAGUCAGCUUAUGGCUUAGCUAGAGAAGAGAGGAUCAAGGAAUGUCACAAUGAGGUUUUAGCUCUUCCUUCUCUGAACCCAAUAAAAGAGAGAAUCUGGAAGAUACCGACUGUGCCAAAAAUCAGGAUAUUCCUUUGGAAAGUCUUGAGUGAAGCUAUCCCGGAAGGUCAUCUGUUUUCCAACAUCAACUAUCUGAUGAACCUAAAGACACAGCCGAUGGGUUCUAUGGAGGAGAAAAGAGCUUGGCCUUGGGUUUUAUGGCAAAAUGAAGCUGAUGAUUGGUUCUUGGCACAAGAAGUAGGCAAAGAAGUGGAACUUGAAGUGACGAGGAACGAUGUGCGAGCCAAGAAACGAUGGUUGCCUCCAAAGGAGGGUUGGUUAAUGUGUAACGUUGCCUUUGAGUGGAACAAGGAUACACAUAGUCUUGGAGGAGCAUGGGUUGUUCGAAAUCAUAGAGGAGUUGCAUUGACUCACAGCAGAAGAGCCUUUUCUCAUGUUGUAUCCCUAGCUGAUGCGAGAUUAAAGACGUUGUUAUGGGCGUUAGAGAGCAUGACGAGCAUGCGCUAUGACAGAAUGGUCUUUCCCGGAGACUUUAAAGAGCUAUUCCUUGCUUUCCAAAAACCACAUCAAUGGCCAGCUCUUAGAUUUCAGGUAGAGGAGAUGAGGAUUUUGCUUUCAAGAAUGGAGGAGUUUCAAUUGAAGAAAGUAUCGAUAGAGGAAAACAGAGGGGCGUCGUUCAUUGCUCAAAGCAUAACGAGACAGAACAGAAGUCAAUCUUAUGUGGCCAAUGAUCAUCUUUUUUGGCUAUUUGAACUCUUUGUUAAUGAAAGCCGGUCCCUCUAA